CAACUUCCCCGGAACCACUUUAUUUUUGUCUGCUUAUUCAAAAUAAAUAUUCUUAACAAAAUCCGAACGCAGAGAGAAAGUGAUCGGAGAAUGGCUACAGAGCAUAUAAUCCCCACGGCAGACCAAUACAAUGUCGACCUUUCACCUAGUGACGAAGAUGCGCCGCCGCUUUCAUCUUCCUGGCGUCUUAGCCUCGACACUUUUCAACUUCCUUCUUCUCCGUCGUCCACCGCUCGUCACGACGUUCGUACUCGCUUCUCCCGCUACUUCCGUACUCCCAAGAAGGAACGUAAAGUCUCUGAAUACUACAAGAAGCAAGAGAGACUCCUCGAAGGCUUCAAUGAGAUGGAGACUAUCCAUGAAACCGGUUUUGCUUCUGGAGCUCCAACUGAAGAAGAAAUGAAGAAGCUUGCAAAGAGUGAGAGACUGGCUGUUCACAUCUCCAACGCUACAAAUCUGGUGCUUUUUGUGGCAAAAGUUUAUGCUUCUAUGGAGAGUAGAUCCAUGGCUGUGAUUGCUUCAACUCUGGACUCUCUCUUGGAUCUCUUGUCUGGUUUCAUUCUCUGGUUCACAGCUAAUGCCAUGAGAAAACCAAACCAGUUUCAUUAUCCUAUUGGCAAACGUCGGAUGCAACCUGUGGGCAUCAUUGUGUUUGCGUCCGUGAUGGCAACUCUUGGACUGCAAGUUCUGCUAGAGUCAGGAAGGCAACUAGUCUCCAAGCGUGGUAUUCAUAUGAAUAGCACAGAGGAGAAAUGGAUGAUAGGGAUCAUGGCCUCUGUCACUAUCAUCAAGUUUCUCCUCAUGCUUUACUGCAGAGGUUUUCAGAACGAAAUCGUUAGAGCCUACGCUCAGGAUCACCUCUUUGACGUUGUCACCAAUUCAAUAGGCUUAGCAACAGCUGUCUUGGCCGUCAAAUUCUACUGGUGGAUUGAUCCCUCUGGUGCUAUACUUAUAGCUUUGUACACUAUAGGAACAUGGGCAAGAACUGUACUAGAGAACGUCCACUCGCUGAUAGGACGCUCAGCGCCUCCAGACUUCUUGGCGAAACUGACAUUUUUGAUAUGGAACCAUCACGAACAAAUCAAACAUAUUGACACAGUUAGGGCCUACACUUUUGGGUCACACUACUUUGUGGAGGUGGACAUUGUUUUGCCAGAGGACAUGAGACUGCAAGAGGCUCACAAUAUCGGAGAGACUCUUCAGGAGAAGCUUGAGCAACUUGCUGAGGUGGAACGUGCUUUUGUUCACAUUGACUUUGAGUUCACUCAUCGUCCUGAACACAAGUAUAGUUAGAUUUUUGAGCUUCGUAGAAGAACGCAGACCAGAAAAGAUGCAGGAGGUGAAUGAUAAGUUAUCUUCUAGUGUAGUAGUUUAUGUUCUUUUCGCAUCCUUUUGUCUGUUUGAAGACAGAAUGAAUGUCCUUUCUUUAAACAUGCGAGUGAAUUGUGUAGUUUGACUACAGAACGUUUUGCCGUCUCUCUUUGUGGGGGUAUGCAUCGUAUGCCGUUUAGAUUUUCAACCAAAAUCACGCUAUCUAUCUUUUAGUAAAGUGAACCGCGU